AUGAGAUGCUUACUGUACUCAAAAGUUUCACCUGGCGUGCGGCUUACACUAAAGAAGAUCGUGGCCCUCGUCGUGACUUUGACAGUUUUGCUGCUUUUCAAUAAAACUUCCGAUUUUGGAAAUAUAACGGUUAGCCAUCCAGAAUCAACCAACGUAAGCUCUUGGCGGCGGAUGGACAGCAAAAGAGCAUGCACCAUCAUCAGCGCUAACAAUACUGCUGUCGAUCUAUCCAUGGAGCAACUGUCAAUGCAAGAGCUUGAGAAUAAGUUCAAGUACUUAGAGCUCGGCGGUCACUAUAUUCCCAAACAUUGCAGUGGAGCACACAGGGUGGCUAUAAUAAUUCCAUAUCGGAACCGACCCAUGCACCUUCCCAUCCUUCUUAACAAUUUUCAUCCUUUUCUCACUGAGCAAGAGCUGGAUUACUCUAUCUUUGUGGUAGAGCAAAUCUCCAAUCAGACAUUUAAUCGUGGGAAGCUACUGAAUAUUGGAUUCGUCGAGGCUAUGAAGAUCUAUGACUGGCAAUGCGUUCUACUUCAUGACGUGGAUUUGCUACCAGAGGAUAAAAGAAAUUUGCAUGUGUGUCCACAGAACAAUCCUCGGCACAUGGCUGUUGCAAUGGACAAAUAUAAUUAUUCGCUACAUUAUGACGGCAUGUUUGGCACAAGCUCCCUGCUAAAUGUGAAACAAUAUCGAGACGUCAACGGACUAUCCAAUCAAUACUGGGGAUGGGGAAAAGAAGAUGACGAUCUUUUCAGAAGAAUUAUGAUAGCGGGCUAUGAAGUCGAACGAUAUGACUCCACUAUCGCACGAUACACAAUGAUCAAGCAUCAAAUUGAUGACGGAAAUCCGAUGAACCCAUGCCGGGAAAAGCUGUUCGAAUAUACUCGUCAACAGUGGAGAAAGGAUGGCUUGAACUCGCUCCGUUACAAGUUGAUUAACAUCACUUUUACACAAGUGUACACCCGCAUUUUGGUCGAUUUAUUGGAGGAGAAAGAAAAGCCUAUCAUAUAUGAAACUUUUUGCGCAGAGGAGGGAGUUGAAAAAUAAUUACGUCUCUUUUCAAUCGAGAGCUGUUACUUGAUCUAGUUUCUAUAAGCUUGUCUUUCUGUCUAGAUUAAUCAAAGAUCUCAUGCACAUAUAAUCUACAUCGCCGUGUUGUACCUUUGCUUCCCACUCUUUAUCAGUCAAUUGCUCAUGUUGUUGUUGUUGGGAGAAUGGCG